AUGAGCUUGAGCAGGAAUGUUGUUGCCGGCCUCCCAGUGAAGUGUCGAUUGUCCCAACACCGGAAUCGCCUUCUGCGAGCAGUGGUUGUUGUUGGUUUUGUCGUUGCAGCUGUGGUGCAGGUACGAGAAAAAUCUGACUACAUCUACAAAUGGUGGAGUAUAUCCUUGCUUAAGCCAGUUACUGCUUCCUCAGCCCAUCGCUUUUUCGUCGGUUUAUUUGAUGUUGUUGAUAUCAAAUACUCAAUGCCGCUUUACUAG